UAUGAAAUAACAUGAUUUGAACUAGUUAAAAUUUAUUAACUAAAUAAUAACACCUGCAAAUUAUAAUAUACAAUUAAUUAAUGUUGAAGAUUUUGAUUACAUCAAUCACAUGUACCAUACACCACAUACAAAAUGAAUGUAUCAAGAAAGAUUUAAGAAUUUAGUAAACAAGUCUACCUCGAACUCGACUCGACUCGGCUCGUCAAUAAAUGACUCGAGCUCGAGCUCAUUUAUUAACGAGUCAAAUUCAAACCUGGGUAAAACUCGGCUCAGCUCUCCUGAUUACUGAUUAGCAGCCCCUAAGUGACAUGUAAAUUCUUUUAACCAUCGUACAAAGAAAGUGGGCCGAAAACAAAGGGGUUUGGGCCGACAUAGCCGGCCUGCUGGAUAUCAAAUGUUGAGCCGGCCCAAUUCCUUGGGCUAUCGGGGUGGGUGGAAGCUAAUGGAUAUACAAUUUUUUUUAUUUAUAUUUUUUCGGUUAGCCAAUUUGACUUUGGAGGGGGAGAGUUCAGAUUUCAAGAAAGAGCAGAGGGCGGGAAAAAAAUUAGCCGGAGAGUGGACGAAAAUUUGAAAGCGGCGAGAGAAUAGGCUUUCAGACUCCGCUCCGACCAAGGGUUUCGUCGUCCGCAUUUCGCCGGGUUCUAGCUCCAUCCGGCAACUAUUAGAGAAGUCGGCGAGGUGGAAAUGGAGCGGAUUCACGUAACAGUUCGAGCAAGGCCGCUUCAGCCGGACGACGCUAAAUCCAGCCCCUGGAGGAUCUCCGGGAACUCAGUCUUCAUCCCGAACCACAGCACCAAGUUUGAAUUCGAUCGGGUGUUUGGAGAAGAAUCCAGGACGGAAGAGAUCUACAAAGCCCGUACUAGGGAUAUCGUAACUGCAGCAAUUCGUGGAUUCAAUGGUACGGUGUUUGCUUAUGGUCAAACUAACAGUGGGAAGACACAUACAAUGAGGGGAUCAGCUACUGAACUUGGGGUCAUCCCUCUAGCAGUCCACGAUGUAUUCGACAUAAUAAACGAGCAUGUGGAUCGAGAGUUUCUUUUGCGAAUGUCAUACAUGGAGAUAUAUAAUGAGGACAUAAAUGACUUGCUCGCGCCUGAGCACAGGAAACUGCAAAUUCAUGAAAAUCUUGAGCGUGGGAUCUAUGUUGCUGGUUUGAGAGAAGAAAUUGUUACUUCGCCGCAACAAGUCCUUGACCGCAUGCAAUUUGGAGAAGCACAUAGACAUAUUGGAGAAACGAAUAUGAACGUGUACAGCAGUAGGUCACACACUAUUUUUCGCAUGAUAAUUGAGAGCCGGGAUAGAACCGAGGAUGAAGACAGGGGCAAUGCUUGUGAUGCUGUACGAGUAUCGGUGCUGAACUUGGUCGACCUUGCUGGUUCAGAACGUGCAGCAAAAACUGGAGCUGAAGGCGUUCGACUGAAAGAGGGUUCACAUAUCAAUAAAAGCCUUAUGACACUAGGAACUGUGAUUAAAAAAUUGAGUGAAGGUGCCGAAAGUCAAGGGGGUCAUGUUCCCUAUCGAGACAGCAAACUCACACGGAUUUUGCAACCAGCUCUAGGAGGCAAUGCAAAUACAGCAAUAAUAUGCAACAUCACACUGGCACAGAUUCAUGCUGAUGAAACAAAGAGCAGUCUUCAGUUUGCCAGUAGAGCAUUACGGGUCCAAAAUUGUGCUUGUGUGAACGAGGUCCUAACCGAUGCUGCCUUGUUAAAGCGUCAAAAGAAAGAGAUUGAGGAGCUUCGUGCCAAACUGCAGGGUUCUCACUCCGAGCAUUUUGAAGAGGAGAUUCUCAAUCUUCGAAACACAUUAUUGAAGUCAGAAUUGGAGAGGGAAAGAGUAACUCUUGAACUAGAGGAGGAAAAAAGAGUUCAGGCUGAGCGUGAAAAGCUUUUGCAAGAGCAAGCCAAGAGAAUUGAAAACCUUUCGUCCAUGGUGUUGUAUUCCAGCCGAGAUGAUAACUGCAACCAGCUUAAGAAGGGAAAACGACGGGAUACAUGGUGUCCAAGUAAUUUUUCAAGAGUAAUACUCCAAGAGGUGGAUGCAAAUGCCCAGUCACGGCUAUCUAGUGUCGAGCCCAUGCCAGUUCGACGUAAUGAGGGAGCACUUGUUUCUUUCGAAGAGUUGGUAAGUGAUCAGAAAGGAGCUGAUGACCUCUGUCCGCAACAGGAAGUAGCUAAAGAUAAUGCAGUAGAGGACUGCACUCCACCUGAUCCAUGUUCUCUGCUGCAUGUUACCAAUAGGAGGAAGGUGCUUCCAAGAAAGAAAGCCUCUGCUUCAGAGGACCAUGAGUUGAGAGCAGUUCAAGCAGAAUAUGAGGAGUUGCUAGUGGAAUCGGAAACUCAGAGAACUGUGAGCGACGUUAUGAUAGAUUCCUUGAGAAGACAGCUGGUUAACAGUGAUAAUUCUCACGUUAGGAACCAAUGUGACCUCUCCUUUUCUCAUGGCACCGAGACUAUGAAUUGUAAGGACAAAAGUAUAAGUAUAAGGGAGUCAGAGGCCAUUGUUGUGAUCAAACAGCUUCAAGAAAAGAUUGAGAUGUUAGAAAUGGAUAAAGAUUCAAGUCAACAGAAUCUAGACAGUGUUGUCGAGCUGGCAACGGAGCAAAGUCUAUAUGCAAGGGAGAAGUUUGAAGAGCUCUGUCAAGAGCUUGAAAAGGCAAGGGAGGAAGCUAAGGUUGCUCGUGAACAACUUGAAUCUGCUGGACAUGUAGGAGAGAUUAAUAAACAGCUUCAGGUGGAGAUUGAAGAAAUAGUCAGGGAAGUUCAGGAAGCAAAAGACACUGUCCAGAGUACAUUUUCUCUUUUGGACGAGGCGUUGCAGAGUUUCUCAAUGGAAUCCGAUAUGUUCCAUGAGUUGAGGAAUUCAGUACUCGAGAACAAUGAAAAACAAAAGUUGGUCAUCAGUAAUCAUGCUGAAAUAUGUGGCAGCAUCAGACAUAAGCUCACUGUAGUUGAAAAGGAGAAGCUUCUUUUGUCAAAUAAAUGUUCUGAUCUUGAAAGACGUUUACAAGAAAUGAUGCAGGAUGCUCAAAACCAUGAAGAUGCCUUGACCAAAAUUUCUGAAGAAGCGAACAUUGAAAAGGAAGAAUAUAGGUCAUAUAUUCAUAUCCUCGAAAAGGAAAUACAUCAGUUAUCAUCUUGUGCUUUGGCAAAAGAGAAGGAGAGUUUGAGAAAGGAUCUCGAGAAGGCAAGAACGAAACUGAAAGAAACUGAGUCAAAAUUCAAGAAUGUGAUUCAGGAAAAAACUAAACUGGAGGGAGAGAAAAAGCUUGCUGAGAAAGAGGUCAAACGAUUGCAUGGACAAAAGAGUCUUCUUGAGCGUGACAUUAGCAAGCGUGAUUCUUUUGCUGAUAGAAGGCGGGAUUCAGUUUUCGAUAGGAGCUCAAAGACUUGUGAUACAAGAAAACAGGCAAUGGAGGAUGACUACAGAAAACUUGAAGUUCUUGCAUUUGAGAUGGAGGCAACCAUUGCUUCUCUAGAGGAGGAACUUGCAGAAGUACGAAAAGAGAAAGAGGAGGCAACACAGAGAAGUGAAGGUUUGGCAUCAGACCUGGAAUCUCUAACUGAAAAGUUGUCUGCAUCUGAUGCUGAACUGUGGGCGUUGCAGCAAGAGAUUUUCGAGCUCAGAAUGAAGUUGGAAGCAUGUACCUCUGAACGGCAAGAAACACAAAGCACCAUCGAGCUUUUGAUAAAAGAAAAGGAGGAAUUGGCAAUGCAAUUCAGUGAUUCCCUUCUGGAAAUGGAGGAAGAGAAGGCAAUUUGGUUGUCUAAGGAGAAAGCUUCACUACAAGCCAUCGAAGAGAAAGGGAAGUUGUAUAAUGAGGAAAUCUCAGCAUUGUACAAAACGAUGUCAGAAGUACAGGAUGAACUGGAUUCCUGCCGAGAAGAAUGCAAAGUACUCAAGGAAACACUUCUGAGGGAGGAAAAUCGCCAAUUGGAUAAGUGCAGUAAUAAUGCGUCUCAAGAUAGUGAAAGUGAAAGCGAGAGACACGGAAUGCUUCAGAUUGAGCAGUCCGACCCAAGUGUUCCUAACGACGGAGAGAAUCCAACGACUGCAGUCAGAGAUAUUGAUGCUGAUAAAAAACAGCUAAUCGGAGAACUUGAGAAUCUAAAAAACCAGCUAGAUGUUGUUAUGAAAGAGAAGGAGAUGCUGAUGGCUCAAAUGCAAGACUACCAUAAAAAUACAGCCGAAGCAGAAUUCGUGAAACAACAUUAUGACGACAUGUUGAAAGUCGCGAGAGCUCAAAUCGACCAACUCAGUGGAAGCAUAGCUAGCUUGGAAGCCAAGAUGCAAACUGAUUACGUUGCGAACUGCAACGAGAAGGCGAAAUUGAAGAUGAUGGUGAGGGGAACCCAAGCGAAAUCGGAAGCAUUGUGUUUCAGGCUUGGACAAUCAGUCAGGGAGAAUGAUGUAAUGCACAAGAAAUUCAAGGAGGCUUCCAAGGAGCUUAAAGAGAAGCUGGCAACUUGCGGUAUGGAAAAUCUUAACCUCAAGAAGCAGCUUGCUUCUUCUUCAAUCAACUGACCAAAUGCUUAGCUGCUGGAAGCUCGCCUUGUUUUUUUGAGAAUAGGUAACUACACUUUCCUUAGUUUAUUGGUCCCGAUCUUUUGCUUAUCUGCUAAUUGUUUUGCUUAUCGGGUAACUUAUUCAACCUACGAAUACUUGAAGUUGCUAUCUCGAUUCUCGAGUAUCUUAGGUUACAAGUAGUGGUCUGAUCGGGAGUAGGCAUGAUACGUGUCUUGAUAUCCAUGUUUGUUUCGUGUUAAGCUUACAGAUAGAUAAUCGAGUGAAUACGAGAGAGUUGGGGCUGGUCGUGCCAUUUUGAUGUGAGGAUGUGCUAACAAAUUUGAUUGUUAUGACCAGAACCAAAUUGGUACGAAUCCAACACCUAGGGGUGUCCAUUCGGGUUCGGUUUUUCGGGCUUACCCGAAACCGACCCGAUUAUAUACAUUUUCGGGUUUUCAUGUUCGGGUUCGUUUCGGGUUUUCGGUUUUGGGUUCGGUUUUUCUUAUCGGUUUUUCGGGUUUCGUCUAAAAACCUCCAAUGAAUAGAACUCAGCCCGUAGUCUUAGGCGUUCGGAUUGUUCGGGUUUCGGUUUUGCUUUAACCGAACCCGAACCCGAUAAGGAAUUUUCGGGUUUCGGGUAACCGGAACCCGCAAGUCCUUAACGGGUUCGGGUUUGGUUUUAGUAGUUUUUGAUUUCGGGUUUUCAGGUUUUUUUCGGGUUUCAGCCCGGGUAACCGAACCCGACCCGAACGGACACCCUGACCAGCACCUUAACACAUAUAAGAAGAUGCUCUGAAGUCUGAUCUAACGGGACUUAACAGACCAUGAAACCCAUUACCCAUGGGUUGGGUUCAAGACCUGACACUUCAAUAAAUGUAGCUUUCUUUUCAGAAAAGCCCAAAUAGAAAAAAGCAGCUCAGUAAAUCUAAUGAGUAGGCCUGGGUCAGUCCAGGUAGGUAGGGCCUCAUGCCAGACCGACAAAGCCCAUCUGCCCAUGCUCCCUCCUUCUGGUGCACAAAUGUCUAUAAAACAGUACUCUCAUUUUUCUCAAAGCAAGAGAGUGCACCACGCUAACUUUCAAAACCGAAACAGAAAUCUUGUGGAACCUACAACAACAGAACGAGAAUGAAAAGACUAUAAUCGAAUCUAUAGCGAAUAUAUCAUUAUUCUUGUCGAGUUUUGAUAAUGCUAUUUUCAUCUAUUUUGAAGGUUAUUCAUCACAAAUUUUGGCUGAUUUUUGAGAAUUUUACUUUUCAUUGAUUUCGAAUGCUACACAUCACAGAUAUGGGUAGAUUUUUUGGAAAGCUAUUGUUCACCAAUUUUGAAGUCUAUCCAUCACCGAAUCCUUCGAAUGCUAUUCUUCACCGAUUUUGGAAGCUAUUCAUCAUAGAUUUUUGCCGGUUUUUGCUUAAACUUUUUCUUGGAUUUUGAAUGCUAUAUAUAAAAAAUUCUGAUGGAUUAC